AGAAGGUGAACUAAAAAGGGGAAAAGAGACACAAGAAUGUCAGGCAACAAAGAAGGGAAGAGUCAAGGAGUUCCUGAAGAAGCUCUGGCUAAACAAGACACAUCUUCAUUAACUGAUGCUGUCGAGCAAGUUGCACAGCAACAACAAUCACAAACAUCAGAAAUAGAAAAAAACAAAAAAGUUCUGUUCCAUUUGCAGAAUGAACUUCAUGAGCUUAAAACACAAAUAGCAUCUGUCUCUGCAGAAACUAAAGAAACAGAAAGGCAAAUUUAUCAGCAAGAUGCUGCCAUACAGAAUACCAAACUUCAGUGUGGAAACCUGGAAAAUCAAAUCAAAUCCAUACAUACAGAAAAUGUGAAGCUUAAAUUUGACAUAGAGGCAGCACAAGAAGAUUUUGAGGAACAAAUGAUAAGAUAUAAUGAAUACUAUGCAAAAAUAAAAGCACAUAAAGAUAGUUUGAGAGAGGUAGAGAGCAAAUGGUCAUUCAUGACUGAACUCAAUGAGAAACGAGACCUUGUUAAAAAACUAAAGACAAUGAAAGAGGAACUUAUGCAGGAUCUCCAGAAUCCAGAAGGAAACCUGAUGAAACAAGUACAGGAAGACAUUGCAAACCUAAAGGAUAAAAUUAUAACUGUAAAAGAAUCCAUCAUUGAAAAAACUUGUUUUCUUGAGGAAGAAAAAAAGACACAUGAAAAAUUAAGAAAAGAAAUAGAGGUACAACAUAAGAGAUACAGUGCAAUUCUUAAGCGUUUGCACUGUCAGGUGAACAAGCUUCAGUCAGAUAGAAGACAAUGGCAAUGGAACAUUCAACAGCUGCAAAAAACUGCAGCUGAACUGAGAAAAUGCAUUGGAACAAAAGAUUAACAUGGCCAUAGGGUAAUGUAGUAUAGGGUAAUGCUGAGCACAGACUCUGCCACAAAAAUUAUGGGAUAGAAAGGUGAGAAAAUCCAUUGGAUCUUAACAACUGACAUCCACUAUCAGAGGGCUCUCUUAAUGACAGAUAUGUUUUCUUUUCUUUGAAUCAGUCAUCUGUUUGCUGAAAUGCCUUCCAACCCGAUAAUUGAUAGCAAUAGAGAGACAAUAGGAAGGCUCACAGAAGAAUAGUGAAAGACUCUGUAUGAAUAUUUUGAGUGCAUAAGAUAUAUUGUACUCAUGAAUGCCUGUUUAUAAACGUGUUGCCUUCACUAGCACA